UAGUACUCAUCCUCGUUUGCCUAGCUAGCUGCUAUCUUUUCUGCUCCAAAGAAAUUUCUUCUUGGGUGUGUUGUAUUAUAUUUGUGUAUAUGCUCUAGCUAGUGCAUAUUUUUUCUGUUUUUUUCUGUCGUCUUCCCAAUACAAAAAUUUUCACAGACAGAAAAAUUAUUCAUCAGUUUUUCAACAAAAUAUAUUAAAUCAAUUUUAAAACAAAAAGAAACCUAGAAUAUAUAACAAUGGGUCUUAAAGGGUGUGAAAUUCAAUUGGACAAUCCAUGGAAUACUUACUACGCUGGCCAGACCAUCAAUGGUCAAGUUAAUUUAACAUUUGAUUCGCCAAAGAAAGUCAGAGGAAUCAUUAUUCGUUUUCUGGGAGAAGCGAAUACCGAGUGGUCCGAAUCAAAACGCGUUACAAAUAGCGAAGGCAAAGAUGAAGAAGAAACUGAAAAUUUAACCGGCCAUGAAGAAUACUUUCAAAUUCAGUAUUAUCUUUUAGGAGGAAAGAACAGUUCGGAAACUGAACUACCAAGUGGUACUCAUACUUAUCCAUUCACAUGCGCCUUACCACCAACUCUGCCAUCCUCGUUUGAAGGUGAAUUUGGCCAUGUUCGUUAUACAAUAAAAGUAACCCUUGAUCGUCCAUGGAAAUUCGAUCAAGAUAUGAAAAUGGCAUUUACUGUUGUUUCGCCAAUUGAUUUGAAUCUCAAUCCUAGAGUUAAGGAACCCUUCAAACUUGAAUUAGAAAAAUCAUUCUGCUGUUUCUGUUGCCGUUCGGGUCCACUUGCAGUUGUUGUCAAUUUACCAGUUACUGGUUUUGUUUCUGGUCAAAUAAUACCGAUUACUUGUGAGUGUGAUAACGCUAGCAAUGUUGGUAUUACAUUGGUCAAGUUUAUACUUCGCAAAGUAGUUGCUUUUCAUACAACUCAACCACGUCGGGAAACCAAGAAGGACAAGAUAACAAUAUCUGAGUUAAGUGUUGGACCAGUUGGUGCAUCUGAAUCGAGGACCUGGACUCAGCAAUUAGAAAUUCCACCGUUGCCUCCAUCGAGUUUGUUGAACUGUGGAAUAAUCGACUUGGAUUAUCAACUUCAUGUGGAAGUCGAUGUUAGUGGUCCGCAUAGAAAUCUUACUGGAAAUAUUCCUAUAACCUUGGGAACCAUUCCAUUGGCUUCAUUUAAAUCACCAGCACCUUAUACGGAUGUACCAGCUCCCGAGGAUCCAUCAAUGGCUCCAACACAGCCAGUUAGUCCAGCUAGCCCACCAAAUGGUGCUGGCGGUGCUUUGGGAUGGAAUAUGGCUGAUAGUGCUGGAGGACAACUCUAUCCUAAUAUUCCUCCACCACAAUUUUCUGAGAGUCAAUUUAAGGCAACUACACUGCAGAACAAGGAAGAUUCUGAACACACUCAACUUCUUGAUACUAAUUUUGCUCCAAGGUAUCCAACGUUCCAAUUCAACCCAAGUGCUCCUCCAUCUAAUUUCUAAAUUGCUCUCUAAUGGUAGCUACAAAAUCAGAAAAAAAAAUAAAACAAAGCGAACAAUUAAACAAAACAUUACAAUACAACGCACAAAAGACGUGUCUAAUUGAAAUUUAUUUUAUUUUUCUUUGUAAAAAAAUAAACAAAAAAGACAAAAAGUUAAAAAACAGAAAAAAAUCAUCUUUUUUGUCAGUGCUUCUUUAAUAUUUUUUUUAUUUUUCAAGAAUGGGUGCUGUGAUUGGAAUUGUCAUCACAUUUUAUUUUACACAAAUAUUUAUACAUAUAUUUUUUAUAUAAACAAAAAUAAGAAAAAAUUAAUAUUUUUUUGUAACACUAAUACUUUUUUUGUCCAUUUUAUAAGACUUUUUUGUAUGUAUAAAUAAAAUUAUUUUUUUUAUUUAAGAAUUUAAAAAUACAAAAAUAAACGGGUUGAAUUUUAUUUUGGCUUUCCGUCCAAGUGAUUUUUUUUUUUUUUUUUUAUUAAUGUUUAAUUUGCUCUUGAAUCUCAGCUAUUUUGAGUAACUAAUUAACACUUCUUACUAUAUAUACCACACUUACUAAACUAUAUAAUUAAUAAUGUAAUAAAAACAAAAGAAAAGAAAUUUUGUAAGACGAGCUGCUUCCAGCAAAACAUCCUAAACGAAAAUUAAACACAGACAUAAAGAAAUAGUUUUUUACUCUGAUUGUUGAUCCUUGAAGUUUUAAUUUUGCUUAGAAAUCAUGAAGAAACAAUGAAAUUUCAUUUUCAACAGGGAAAAACUAGUAUUUAAAAAAAAAUGUGAAACAUCUCACUGUGUAUUUAUAAAACUUUAGAUGAUUUGCCUAUAAAAAAUAAUGAUUUGAUAUUCAUCAUCACUCUUAUACAUAAUAUACAAUAUUUAAUAUAAUAUUUAGAAAGAACAAUACAAAAAAAAAUAACAUUACAUUUUUUGAAGGAGAAGAGUAUAAUAUAGAAUAUGAGUGCCUAAAAUAAAUAUUUUUUUAAACAAUAAAAUAAAAACAAAUCGAAAAAAAUACAACAAAAAAUAUAAAAAUAUUUAACCGAACAAAAAUCAAAAAAUUAAUUUGUUUUUCAAAUAAAUCAGAAUAUAGUUUAAAAAAAAAAAAGAAAUAAUUCAGAAAAUCAAUAUUUCGAAAUUUUUAUAAUUUUAUUUCGCUAGUCAAUUUAUUGGAAAACGCAUUGCGUUUUAAAUAGAAACAAAGAAAUCAGAAGGAGAAAAUUUUUUUAAAAUGAUGCAAUGGAAAGUAAAUCUUCAGCUUUUUAGAAAAAAAAA